AUGGCGGCGAAUCUCGAGGAGGAGCAGAGCUUACGUGAGUGCGAGGAAUACGUGCAGAGACACAAUAUCCAACAGGUCCUGAAAGACUGUAUAGUGCAACUGUGCGUGGGCCGGCCCGAGAACCCGAUCUCCUUCCUGCGGGAGUACUUCCAGAAGCUGGAAAGGGAACAGGCUCACGAUGCCAAACAACAGAUUGCCACAAGUCCCGAGGAUACGGAAGACAUGCCUGCGGGACAACAGGGCCCGCAGGUGCCACGACGGCGGGGCGGAAUCUCAGCGGAGCCGGUCUCCGAAGAGGAUGCCACCAGUUACGUCAAGAAGGUCGUACCUAAGGAUUAUAAAACCAUGGCUGCCCUGAGCAAAGCCAUCGCCAAGAACGUGCUGUUUGCACACCUAGACGAGAACGAGCGCUCCGACAUAUUCGAUGCGAUGUUCCCCGUGACCUUUCUGCCUGGCGAGGCGAUCAUUCGUCAAGGCGACGAAGGUGACAAUUUCUACGUAAUCGAUCAAGGAGAAGUUGAAAUAUUCGUCAAUGGUGAACUGGCGACGACGAUCGGCGAAGGUGGGAGCUUCGGUGAGCUCGCGUUAAUCUACGGAACUCCACGCGCCGCCACGGUCAGAGCGAAGACCGAUGUGAAACUCUGGGGCAUCGACAGGGAUUCCUACCGCAGAAUUCUCAUGGGCUCUACCAUAAGGAAAAGGAAAAUGUAUGAGGAGUUCUUAUCCAGAGUUUCAAUACUGGAAUCCUUGGAUAAAUGGGAAAGACUUACAGUGGCAGACGCUCUGGAGCCAGUAGCGUUCGACGAUGGUGAAACGAUAGUCCGACAGGGCGAACCGGGUGAAGAUUUUUAUAUAAUCGUCGAAGGUACGGCGGUGGUCCUUCAGCAACGCUCGGAAGGAGACGAGCCUGCGGAGGUCGGCCGUUUAGGACCAUCGGAUUACUUCGGAGAAAUAGCGCUACUGCUAGACAGGCCCCGAGCGGCAACCGUAGUGGCUAGGGGUCCGUUGAAGUGUGUGAAGCUGGAUCGGGCACGGUUCGAGCGGGUCUUAGGUCCGUGCGCCGAUAUUCUGAAACGCAACAUCACCCAGUAUAACAGCUUCGUGUCCCUCUCCGUGUAAACGGACUCAGUCUCUUCGCAUCUCCUCUUCCUAAUUCCAAUCUCGUUCAUCGCAGUCAGUGCUGCUGAUCA